UAAAAUCGUAAUUGGUAUAUAAAAAGAAGGGAACGAGAUGUUUAAAGCCAAAAAAACUGGACAAGUGCACUAACGCUAUUCGAAUGGAGGGGAGAAGCUUUAACCAGCCGAUUCAGUGUAGACCUUAAGCUUCAGCUUAUCGAUCAUUCUCCAUUUCUUCUACUUGCCAAUAAGAAUCAGAAAUAUUUUCCAAUCAGGUCUGGGCAUUUCUUUUCUAAUCAACCCACUCGUUUUGUUUGAGUAUACGAUCUCAAACUCUGCUGCCCACCACCUGUUUGUAAAAAUGUCUGCAACCGAACCGGCAGUUCUUCGCGACAACCAUAUGGGUACCUGAACAAAUUUCUCUCCUAUUUUCCUUCUUUUAUACAAUUUGACAAUCUAGCGAAGGGAACGACUGACCCCAAAUUCGGUAUGCUUCCUUUUCGUGCUGUACAACUAUUUAUCGGGUCCUCGAAUCCCCUCCACAAGCGUCGAAUUCUUCUAUCGGGUUCCUUCCUCUUCCAGACAAGGUGGUUCAAUUCAUCGUUUCCAUGGCGAGAAGCGGAUUCUGUUUUAAAACCCAGAAACUCCCAGUUUCUUGAAAACCAACAUGUUUUCAAUAAUCGUAGUUUUACUAGAUCUUAUUGUUCUGGAAAGGAGAUUGGGAAGGGGGGUAGAGAGUGGACUGAGGAUAUAGAGUAUCUAGAUGAGUCGGGGAGUGUGAUUUUCUCUGGUAAAGGUGUUCGAUCGGUUGAACCAGGUGUUGAUGAUCAUGUAAUGGUGGGCGGACUUAAAAAGCCCUUUCUGAAUGCAUCGGCUGUUGCAAAGAUAGUUGAGGUUGUAAGGAGGUGGAAAUGGGGUCCAGAGUUGGAAUCCCAGCUUGAAAAGCUCCAAUUUGUUCCAAAUAUGACGCAUAUCACUCAGGCAUUGAAGAUUAUUGAUGACGCUGAGGCUUCUUUGAGCUUGUUUCGUUGGGCGAAGAGGCAGUCCUGGUAUUCACCAAAUGAUGAGUGCUAUGGUUUGCUGUUUGAUGGGUUAAAUCAGAGAAGAGAUUUUGAUGCAAUUCAAUUGUUGUUUGAUGAGGUUGUUCGUGAUUUGAGCAGUGAUGGGACUGUCUCAUUCAGUGCAUAUAAUCGUGUGAUUCAGUACUUGGCUAAAGCUGAGAAAUUGGAAGUGUCUUUCUGUUGUUUUAAGAAGAUUCAUGAUUCAGGUUUCAAGGUUGAUACCCAAACGUACAAUUCUCUUAUAACCUUGUUCUUAAACAAGGGUCUGCCUUACAAGGCUUUCGAGAUAUAUGAGAGCAUGGCAGGAGCAGGGUGUUCUCUAGAUGCAUCUACCUUUGAGCUGAUGAUACCAUGCUUGGCAAAAUCAGGUCGUCUUGAUGCAGCAAUGAAGCUCUUUCAAGAGAUGAAAGAGAAGAAUUAUCGUCCUGCCCAAAAUAUUUAUUCAUCUCUUGUGGAUUCUAUGGGGAAAGCUGGGAGGCUUGACACGUCGAUGAAGAUUUACAUGGAAAUGCAGCUGCUUGAGCUCAGACCAUCCGCGUUGAUGUUUGUUUCCUUAAUUGAGUCACAUGUGAAGGCUGGGAAAUUGGAUACUGCUCUCAAGCUUUGGGAUGAUAUGAAAAAGGCAGGUUUUAAGCCUAACUUUGGUUUGUACUCCAUGGUUGUCGAGUCACAUGCCAAAUCAGGGAAACUUGAUGUUGCAAUGUCUAUCUUCACUGAAAUGGAGAAAGCUGGAUUUCUUCCCAUCCCAUCGACUUAUUGCUGUCUCUUGGAAAUGCACGCAUCAUCGGGGCACGUAGAUGCUGCCAUGAAACUCUACAACUCUAUGACUAAUGCAGGUUUGAGGCUCGGGCUAAGUACAUACACUGCUCUAUUGACACUCUUGGCUAAUAAAAAACUUAUUGAUAUUGCUGCGAAAGUUUUACUUGAAAUGAAGGCCAUGGGAUUCUCUGUCAGUGUGAGCGCUAGCGACGUCUUGAUGGUGUAUAUCAAGGAAGGUUCUGUUGAUUCUGCUUUGAGGUGGCUUCAGUUCAUGGGUUCAUCUGGAAUAAGAACAAAUAGCUUUAUUAUCAGGCAAUUGUUUGAGUCAUGCAUGAAGAAAGGGAUGUACGAGUCAGCUAUGCCUCUCUUAGAAACUUAUGUAAACUCUGCGGCAAAAGUUGAUCUUAUACUCUACACAUCCAUCUUGGCCCAUCUUGUAAGGUGUCAAGAAGAGCAAAAGGAGAGAUAUUUGAUGUCCAUCCUCAGUGCUACAAAACACAAGGCACAUUCUUUUUUGUGCGGACUUUUCACUGGAACAGAACAAAGAAAACAACCGGUUUUAUCUUUUGUGAGGGAGUUUUUUCAGGGCAUUGACUAUGAGCUGGAAGAGAGCAGUGCGAAAUACUUUGUUAAUGUUCUACUCAAUUAUCUCAUUCUCAUGGGACAAAUAAAUCGAGCUCGAUGUAUCUGGAAAGUUGCUUACGAGAAUAAGCUCUUUCCAAAGGCCAUCGUCUUUGACCAACACAUUGCCUGGUCCCUCGACGUCCGGAACUUGUCAGUUGGUGCUGCUCUAAUAGCAGUUGUGCACACUCUCCAUCGGUUCAGGAAGCGAAUGUUGUACUACGGAAUAGUUCCAAGGCGCAUAAAAUUGGUUACGGGACCAACUUUGAAGCUUGUGAUCGCUCAAAUGUUGAGCUCUGUGGAAUCGCCAUUUGAGGUCAGUAAGGUUGUUCUGAGAGCAACAGGAGACUCCGUGAUGGAGUGGUUCAAGAAACCAAUUGUCCAACAAUUCCUUCUAAAUGAGAUUCCGUCAAGAUCAGAUAUUCUCAUGCACAAGUUGAAUACUCUCUUUCCAAGUUCAGCACCUGAAAUUAGAUCUCUUUCACCUCCCAAACCCCUAAUUUCCCGGAAUUCAGCAUAAUUGUAAACUGCAUUAUCUAAAUGAAUCUGCUUUUCCAGACAUGUAAAACAAUUUUGACCUGUAAGUUAUCCAAAGAUAUUUGUCCGAUUGAUCCA